CAACGCUGAGGCAGCUUCCCUGCCGGGCCCCGCUCGGACUCGCCCGUGUUGGCGAAGGUCGAGGAGGACGAGCGCCAGUUUUCAAGGACGCCUUCGGGGACCACCCGGAGCCAUCAGCUGGUGCAAAUGGCGUGGGGUCGCCCGUCCGUCCCCCUCGCAGCACCUCCGUAAAAGAGCUUGGGGUUUGCAGAGUAGCCAUCGCAGCGCUAAUAAUUCUAGAAACUAAUUCUGGUUGCCAGCGCGGCACCCGGGGCACCCGCACGGCCAUAGGGACGCUGCUUGGUGCCACCACGUUCCAUGAUCGUAAACGAUGUUUAAAUGAAUUAUUUUGAAUGAACGAGUUCCACUUGACUUUCUUUACUUUUUUGGCCUUAGAGUUUAAUGGGAAGCUAAUGUCAGCCUCUGGCCAGUCUUUAUUCGAGAUGUAUUACCACAAGUAAAAUAACCAAUUUGCAAAUUAAGUCACUGAAGCUUACACCAAAAAAAGUAAAAGGUGGAGAAAGAAAUCUGAGGCUCAAGGAAUCUGGAGCAGUUCUGUUUUUUGAAAUUCUUGUGUGUCAACUAAUUCAGAAUUUGCAGGAUGGAUACCAGAGUUGGAGAACUUUAAAGGAGGUGCCAGGAAACAUGAUCAUGUUUAUUAAAAUUGUCCCCAUUACAGAACCAGGAGUCUUUCCCCAAUCUGCCAUGGUUGCAGAAGAACAUCUUUGCAGCUCUGUGCUGCCUCCUGAGAUCCAGGCGCUGCUCUGAAGAACAGCGGGCCAGGGGGCCAGUGCGUGACACAGGAGGUUGCCUGCUGCUGAAGUGCCAGGGCCUAGUCCCCGCCCUCUGUCAUGCCCCAGGCUUCUUCCAGGAAGACAUUGAUCUUUUUUGUUUGAUCUUGCACUGUUUGAGUUCAGAGGUCAGAGUGAAAAAAAAAGCCUCCCUAAUCUUCCCACUCCGGACGCAAACUCUGUUUAUCACAGGCUGGCUCUUCCUGUGUUCCACUGUAGAUGGAUGGAUUUAUACUGAACUCUGUGUCUGGCCUGGUCCUCAAGUUAAUAAUUCUCCAGAAAGUGGCCCUGAGCACAGCUGAGGUCAAGCAAGAACCUCGGCAAAACCCCUGCCCGGCAGAAACACAGACAGGCAUUCAGGCAGCUGCUGGCUCCCUGUUUUGAGCCUUUUGCUGCCAGCCUUCCUUCUCACCUGUCAGCAACUCUGCUGCGCCUGCAGUUUGGACUCUUAAAGCGGAACCAGCCUACUCCCUCCCUUCACACUUUCUUCUAAUCCUUGGAAACACAAGUCAGCACAGCAAUGGCAGGAAAGAAUUAUGGCUAUCACCGGUUUGUCAUAUUCACCGCUAUGUACAUUGGGUACACCUUGUACUAUUUCAACAGAAAAACCUUCUCCUUCGUGAUGCCUUCAAUCAUGGAAGAGAUACAAUUGGACAAAGAUGACUUGGGUUUCAUCACGAGCAGCCAAUCUGCAGCCUACGCCAUUAGCAAAUUUGUUAGCGGCAUCCUUUCAGACCAAAUGAGUGCCCGCUGGCUCUUCUCCUCUGGCCUCCUGUUGGUGGGCUUAGUCAACGUGCUGUUUUCAUGGAGUUCUACCGUUGCCCUGUUUGCAGGGCUGUGGUUCUUCAACGGACUGGCUCAAGGCCUGGGCUGGCCCCCCUGUGGCAAAGUACUGCGCAAGUGGUUUGAACCCUCCCAGUUUGGGACUUGGUGGGCAGUCCUCUCCACCAGCAUGAACCUGGCCGGAGGGCUUGGGCCCAUUGUGGCAGCUCUGAUGGCGCUGAGCUAUGACUGGCGCACCACCCUGGCCCUCUCUGGCUCUGUGUGUGUGAUUGCCUCCUUGGUGUGUCUGUUCCUGAUUAAGAAUGAGCCUUCAGAUGUGGGACUGCCCAGCCUUGAGUCUGGACCCAAGAAAGGGAAAAAAGACUUGUCGGUGGGUGACAACACCUUGGCUGAGCUGCUGUGUUCUCCAUACCUCUGGGUCCUUUCGUCUGGCUACCUGGUGGUGUUUGGUGUGAAGACAUGUUGCACAGACUGGGGACAGCUAUUUCUCAUUCAGGAGAGAGGACAGUCUGCCCUCGUGGGAAGUUCCUACAUGAGUGCCUUGGAAAUUGGGGGCCUGGUUGGAAGCAUCGCUGCUGGCUAUCUUUCAGACCGCGCAGUGGCCAGGGUGGGUCUCUCAAACUACGGCAACCCCCGGCAUCCCCUUCUCAUCUCCAUGAUGGCAGGCAUGGCUGCCUCAUUGUUCCUCUUCCGAGUCACAGUAACCAACAGCUCGCCCAAGGGAAAUUACUCUUGGAAUCAGUUCCUCCACCCUCUGGCUAAUCUUGUGGGCUUUACAGAACAUGAGUUGUGGAUCCUGCUGUUAGGAGCAGUCUUUGGAUUUUGUUCUUAUGGACCGAUUGCGCUGUUUGGAGUCAUAGCCAAUGAGAGUGCACCACCCAACUUGUGCGGCACUUCUCAUGCUAUUGUUGCACUCAUGGCUAACGUGGGAGGCUUCUUGGCUGGUUUGCCUUUCAGCACAAUUGCCAAACACUACAGCUGGGGAACAGCCUUCUGGGUAGUGGAGUUGAUCUGCAUAGCCAGCACCGUGGCCUUUUUCUUCCUGAGAAACAUCUGCACUAAGAUGGGUCGGAUGCCAAAGAAAGUUGAUUGAAACACCGCAACGGCUCGGCUGCAAAGGAGCCUCCCACGUCCACAGCCGAUGCUUUGAAAAAUGGAAGCGGCUCUAAGCAGAUUGAAGUUUGCUGCUGGGCUGUAUAAAGCGGUGGCAAAAUCUCACUUGGUCGUUAUUACCAGUUCUCAUCCUUCAAAACCUAAGGGAUGCCCGUAGUGGUUGGAACUAAUGAGCAAACAUUUGGCAGCCACAGCUGCUGGGUUCACUGGAGCCCAGAGCAGUGGGGACAGAGCAGCAGAACAGGAGCUUCAUUUUUGAGAAUCACGUCACUCAUUCCCCUUUUGUAUGUGUUCUUCCUUUAUUUCCUUUGCCAUGCUACGUUAAAUUUUCAAGUGAUAUCUUCUAAGACUUCCCACAAGUUACCCUGAGGUGUAGCCAAACAGUAAAUAGUUAGAAAAGAGGGGAGCUGUAAUCUUACUCUAUUUAGCUCCAGUGGAUAGUAGAUAAGGUUAGAAGUGGACUUAAAAACUACUUCUAGAAUUUGAGGAAGGGUAACCAUCAGAUCAAUCAGAUUCUUGAUUACAUCACAAGCAUUAGUACAGACUGAGGUGUUAGACCUCGCUUGUCUAAUGGAAGAAAAACAGUAUUCAGCUGUGGGGGUUGGGACUUCCUAACAAUUCUGCAGCCAUAAGGAUCCCCAAAUGUAACUAGCUGCCUUUAGUCUUGCAAUGUAGAUUCUAAGUUAUGAGUACUGUAUGGAAUGUAUGCAUCACCAAAAAUAAGAGAUUGUCCAGUAAAAGCUCAUGUUUCCCCUGCUGAACAGUUGCUGGGAGUCAGGUGGCAUAUAAUAACUCUUGUUGUUGGAUAUCAAAUAAUUAAUUCCAAGGUCAACAUUAAAGUCUGUCUUCUUCCUU